AUGCCAAAACAAAAAUUCAAUGAUACUGAAAGUAUGCCCCCAGAUGACGAAUUACCAAGUUACGAAGAUGUUAUCAAUUCAGAGACACAACAACAACAACAGCAACAACAACAAAGUCAUUCAACUCCACAACUAAAUAAUAAUUAUAGACCACCAGCUCCUCCAAGACCACCUCGUCCCACAAACAACAACAAUAGUUUACAUAACCAUCAUUCAACCGGACCACGUAUUCCAUGGGUAUAUCCAUCUGGAUUCUAUUGUCCUAAAUGUAAUAAUACAGGUUACAAGAUCAAGAAUGGCAAAUCAUGCAAAUCAUGCUGGCGAAGAUUUGCACGUCAAAAUAAUGUUAACAUGGCGCCAUCAGGGUACGGUAACUAUUAUCAAUCCUCGCCGAUAUAUCAACAACCAAUGUACCAGCAACCUCAACAAACUCAAAGACCAUUAUACGUAAGACCUGGUGAUCCAAGAAUCGGUGGUGUAUUAUGCGGUAAUUGUAGGGGUUCUGGAAGAAUACGGUUCUUGUUAGACGAAGAUAUAUGUCGUGUUUGUAACGGGUUAGGAAGGAUCAUCGGUUAA